GCACACAUAAGGUCGGACAUAUAGUAGAGAUUUUGAUAUGACAGAAAAAAAAGAAGAGAUUAUAGUUUGAUUGACUACGUUAAUAAAAGGUUACUUGACUAUGGACAAAAUUGUGUUUGUGAAAAAAAUACAUAUGCAUCUCUGAAUAGUAAACAUACCUAAGAAUAUGUCUAUAUAGAGGUAUUUAUUGUAAUGUGUGAAAUCAAAUUAAUCUAAAUGCAGACUGUCAAUAAUCUCAUUAACAGACAUUGGAAUUUAUGUUUCUAGUGAAGACAGUUGAAUUGCAAGUAUGUUAUUUUAUAAAAAAAAAUUCUUUGUUCAGUGCACACAUAAAUUUUUUUUUUCAGAUUUACAAACAUAUGUAAUACGUUGUUUUUUUUGUUUGUAGUGUUUGGUUUUAAGUUUGUUUUUAGUAAAUGCCAAUUCAUGAAACAAACAAAAAAAAAACACUUAAAUAAGAAACAUAUAACUGUUAUAGAAAGUUCUAUGCUGAUUCAGCGAGCAUGCAUUUAAAUGCUACAGUGAUUGCUCUUACUCCUCAAAAUCUUGAUUUUAUUAUUAUUAUUUUUUUUUUUUACAAUUUUAACAGCAGAGGGCUGUACUUUCAUACACUUCCACCUGCACUAACAAGGAGCAAUAAUUUUACAUGCCACACCACAACCUCACCAUGAUGACAUGGGAGCUGAAUGACUAGGUUUUUUUUCACUUUUCUUUUUUUUUCUUUUUUUUUUUCAGUUCUGUAUUAUAGAGAUUCUGGCAGACAGUUCCCUCCUGACACUGUGUUUACAGCACAUGAUACGUGAUUCACUCUCUUUUUAAUCUGUGUAGGGAAUUAGACAGAGCAGCAACAAGGUAAGACAUACUACAUAUAUGUUUAAGAAUGUAUGAUUAAGAUAACAUUUACAUAUUUCAGAUAUAUUUGCCAGAUCUAAAAUGGGCAAUAUAAGAUAACCACUGUAUAGCUGCUAUGCAUUUAUAAUAAUUAUAAAAUAUUUUUAGACAGUUUUUGAAAGCACAGUUACAACACUGUAUAUAUCUUAUUACAUACUGUCUUUGUAAUACAGUCCUAGAUUUUUAAGAUAUUUUUUUUUUCUUCAAUAAAGGUUUCUCUGGGUGUGACUGAUGCAGAUAUGUGUUUAAACAAAUGCAAUUUUAUUUAAAAGCCACAAUUUAAAUGUCUUUACGAAACAAUACAUAGUUAAAUGGAGAGUUUUAUUGCACAGGUCUAUCACAUAUCAAAUAAUGUAUUUAUGUUCUGUAUUUAAAGAACACACUGUGAUUUCCUUAUAACAUUUUCAAAAUGAUCAAUAUUUAAUUUUGGACUUAAAAUAUGUUUUCUUUAUAAUGAAUUUACAGAGUGCAUCUGUUUUUUUUAAAUUAAAAUCCAGCUAAAAAAAGUUUAAUUGCUAUUGUUUAAAUGAUCACUCAUCAAUGUAUUAUGUAGUUUUUGUCAAGAGAACAUUUCUGUUGCACAUAGGCACUUAUACAAAGAAAGAAUAAAAAUGGCAAAUUGAAUGCUUACCAUACAAUAAUUGUGAAAAUAAAGAAUGAAAGACCUACCCAUUAUUGAACUACUUAAUUUCAUAAUCCUACAACAACAUUAUUAAUGAGUAUUAUUAGUAUAAAUACUUUACUACUUUCCUAAGACGUUUAGAAUAGUUUUCUUUUCUGUAAAUUAUGACUGAUGUACAUGAGCUAAUUAUGUGUGAUAGGAUUGGGAAUGAGGCAAAUUUGAUAGUGGAACUCAAUUAUUUAAGUAUUCAUUGUAUCCUCUAGAUAAUUCAAUAAUGUUAAUUAUCAAUUAAAAAUACUAAAUGAAAGAUUAUUUUAGUUUAAAUAAAUAAAAACAUUUUUUUUUAAAAAGAAAUACAUUUAGAAUAAAUCGGAAUUUGUUCCCCCCCAGAUGUUCUGGGCCGGUUACUUUGGUCUAAUUCUGUCAAAUCUACGCAAUGCACUGUUUAGUAAAUACACCCUUGGGUUAUAAAGAGAUGCUUCAACAUAAGUGAAACUUUGGGAUUUAUUCACUAAACCCCCGAUUAUACUAAUAUGAAAUUCAAAUGGUAAGAUUUAGGCAAAAAUAGAAGAUUUACGAAAAAAAUAAAUCAUCUUGGUUAUAGUCACAGCUUGUCCAUAUUAGCCUAUAAGUUGUCACUCAUAUUUCAUUUUGCUACAAUUUGGAGUUUAGUGAAUAAGCCCCAUUGGUGUUGAAAAUGGCUCAGAAAACAAGAAUUGUUUCUGUGAUUCAAGAUACAUUGCAAACCCAUCUAUUAUGUACCUUUAACAUUACAUGGAAUUUUUAUUCUAAAAUGUUUCUCUAUCCAUAAUAUGCUCAGCGUGAACAUUUUUUAUGAUCGCUUCUUGGCAGAUUGAAUCGUAAAAAAAUCAGCUUUUUCCAGAAAAAAAGCUAAAACCGUAGUUUAAAAAAAAAAAAAGUGAAACGUCUUUUUUCUUUCCUUCUAAGUAUUUAGUAUGAAUUACACAUUGAUAUUGUUGGACUGCAACAGAACAGAAAGUAUGAGUAAUUCUGCAAUUAUUUAAAUAUCUUAUAUACCCAAAAGUAUACUUUAUACAUAGCACAGAGACAGGCCAAAACUGGAAGACAUCUUUUGAGUUUUAUAAAGCAUGACAACUUUUGGAAAUGAGAAUUGUAGAUUCCAUAUUAUUUGAUAUGUGUUGUAUUAAACAUUAUUAAGAAAGUUAAAGUACCUUUUUGGACAUGACAAUAAUGGAAAUUUUUUGAACAACAUCGUAUAAAUUUCCUAUGUGAUUUACUGUUUGCUGGUGAGUACUACUUGGGUACUCAUCCAAACUACAUAAUUACCAAGGCAACAUACUCACGAGACAUGUGAUACAAAUGGCUUAAGCAUCUUUAAUAAGCUCAGCUACCUAGCUGACUCAUCAGCUUCAAGCAAACUGGUUAGAAACAUAGCCACAAAAAGUUAAAAGCAACAAAAUAUAAAGCAAAGUCUAUAGCACCUUGAACCUACAUGAAUGUCUCUUUUUUUUCUUAACUCUUUCAAAAAAUAUUAAUAUAAUUAUCAUCAUUAGUAUCUGUUGUUACUUUUGAUAAUUAAUUAAAGGGAAUGUGCUAAUUCACAGGAAUUCUAGUAUUAUAUUUAUUUAUUCAUUAUAUUUCACAAAUAUUUGUUAAUGAAAUCUAAAAAAUAAGAUUAAAUGUAAAAAUACACACUACUCAAUACAGGAAAUGGGCUACUCCAUCUUAGCUCCAUAUCAAUCAUUGCUAUAAAAGCUACCCUUUGCACCUGGCAGUCUGCAUAGAUAGAACAUUGAGGGAGGAGCAAAAAUAGACACAAUGUUACUGUUUCUCCUCCUCCAAUGCCUAGUGUGCCCUGACCGUGCCUGAAUUGAACUGGAUUGUGAUGUAAAUUGCUAAAUCUUUAAUGUACAUUGAAAAGAAAACACAACAUGUCAUAAUAUCAUAUGAAGAAAGGGAAACAAAUGUUAUAGAUAAUUAAAGUUUAUAUUAAAUUAUAUUUGUUCUAUUUUAAUAAUGAUGUGACCAUCAUUUUUUUAACUAUUUUUUUUAGCAAACAUACUAAGCACCCAGGUUGCACCUGUAAUAUUUUGGAUGGAGAGAUUUAGUAAGCAAGUUAGUAAGCUACAAAUGAGCUGAAUUGUAAAAUUCAGAAUUAAUUCCUAAAUUUUACUAAAACAUGCAAUUUUAGCAAAUCACUUAAAGCAAUCUGGAUGCAAAUUUGGAAAUUAGUCUUUUUCAUUCCGGGCAAUAUUCUGUUUGCUAAACAAGCCUUAAAAUACUACUAAAAUAUUCUCGUUCAAUAUGGUGUUUUAGGUAGGAGGAAAGAUAUGGAUAUAGAUGAGGAUACAGAUGAGAUAGCACACAUAGGACACUGCAUAUAAGAUAUGGAAUAGGAGAGAUUUUCAGUUCUCUCUUGGUUUAUAGGGGCCCACUUUACCUUCUUUCAUUGUUGAUACUUCACCAACAUCACAUGGGUGAGAUGAACUGGGGAAGCACAAGUUACGUUUGGUUGCUUACUAGAACUUAGUUUUAACAUGUAGCCCUAUCACACAUGCCAGUGGAUGGAAGGACAAGGAGGUCGGAAGCUGCUUCAUUUAUUAGGCUUCACACCACCACCCACUGUUUCCAUACAGGAUACUUCCUGGUUAGUAUAAGGCCAGAGGAUAAUGCAACCAGGUGUUUAUUCAGAUAAUUAAAUGUGUUACAUUACACCAGCCAAUACUCAUGCAACCCACUAACAACUCAAAAUUGGAUAAUAUGUGCAGUUGUGAGGUCUGUUUCAACAAUUCAUGGCUGCUUUAGGAAUAAAAUACUAAAGUGGGUCCCUAUAAAACCAUAUGCCCCCCAAGUAAUAAGGAGUCAUGGAAGCUUCAUCGUUGUGCUCAUAUUGAAACUCAGUUCCCUGGAGAUAAAAGUGACAACGAUUAUUUUUUACAUUCCAACCAUUGCUGUUGCUUUAUUAAUUUUCUAAUGAGGUCACAUCCUGCAGAAAUUAUAUAGGGAUUGUAAAUUCCCAACAUGAUUUUUUUUUAAAUGUAAUGUAUUUAUUAAUUUGGCAUUGUGUGUUGAGCAAAGGAAGGACAUUGGCACUUUUGGUGCCAAGAGGAUGGUUGCAUAUAUGGGUAAGGGGAUUGGUGAGAUUGGGGUUUGGAGAUGGACCCUUGGGCUACUGUGUGGCAGGGCUAAUCAGGUCUAAAAUAUUACCCAUCAUUUGGGUCUCCCUGGUUAAAAAGGGAUCCUGUGGUUCCUGUGCUUAUUUACACCAAUAAUAUGACUAUUUCUAAAUUAACUAAAUACAAAUGCAAUUUGUUAUUUAGAAAAUAUGGUAUUUUUUUAUGGUUUUUUUUUAGUUGUUUUAUUACAACAAAUGACUUGUUAUGUUGUAGUGCACUGCAGACUGUUCUGGUGUGUCUAGAGAACUAAUUCCAAAUUCAAUACUCAAGGCAUAUAAAUGUUCCAUGUUAUUCCAGUUUCCAAAUUGGUGCAUGACUGGGAAAUGCCUGGUUCCUAGACUGCUGGUGAACCUGGAGGAUUGGGUUGGGAUUCACAGGCCAAGAGAUUCUCAUCUUUCCUGUGCUCUUCUCUUGAACGUAACUACUUAGUCCAGCAUCACCACACUAUAUACACAUUAUCCUGAUUAUACACUUCCUGCUGAAAUAACCAAUGCAAUGCCACUUUGUUGUGAAAUAAAAUAAAAAAACUAUUUAAAAAAAUUGAUCCUCCCAGCAAAAAUUGCUAUGUGACAGAAAUAAAUAUGUGGUUCUAACACAGGAAGCCUGUUUACACUACCUAGGUCAGCUACAAGUCAAUAUGAUUGGCUGGGAAACAUAGCCAAUCAUAUUAACGUACAGCAUGAACAAUUAGAUAUUUAUUUGUUCUUCUUAUGUGUAUAAGUUGCUUUUUAAAAUGUAAAGUUUAACAAUAAAGAAUAUAAAAAUGUUUUCAAUGCAAUAUGUUAUGCAUUCAUGCAUAUUUAUGUAGAGAUCACUGCUUUUAAGAGUUACAGUAACAGAUUCCGCUAUAAUAUGAUAUUUUUUUUCUGUUUCACCAUUCAGGCAACUUACAUAUCGCAGAGAUGCAUCUUCAUUCCAUUCCAUUCUUUGUGCUACUUAUCUCUAGUGUUUUUUGCUACUACACUGAUUAUGAUUACGGAGGUGGAUACGGUGCGCCAGAGGGAGAUUAUUAUUCACACUUAUCUUCAGGAUCUCCAAACUGUGCACCAGAAUGUAACUGUCCUGCAAAUUAUCCCUCUGCAAUGUAUUGCGAUAACCUCAAAUUAAAGAAAAUUCCAAUAGUUCCUGCUGGAAUCCAAUAUUUGUACCUGCAGAAUAACAUGAUCGAGGGCAUUGAAGAUGAUGCGUUUAAGAAUGUGACUGACUUGAGAUGGCUAAUUCUAGACCACAAUCACCUCACCAAUGCCAACAUUAAAAAAAAUGCCUUUUCCAAUCUCAAGGAGCUACAAAAACUUUACAUCAGCUUUAAUAACCUAACUGAACUAGUCGGACCACUGCCAAAAACAAUGGAUGACCUGCGUGCGACCAACAAUAAAAUCGCCAAGAUUACUCCAAACAUUUUAGAAGGUCUGGAGAAUCUGACUGUAGUCCACUUACAGAAUAAUGCACUGAAAGAAGAUUCAAUCUCAGAUGCAUUUAAAGGCCUCAAGUCCCUUGUAUACUUAGAUCUAAGUUAUAACGAGCUGACAAAGUUACCAAAGGGACUUCCUCCAAGUGUAUCUAUGCUAUAUUUUGAUUUUAACAAAGUCACCAAUAUCCCAGAUGAAUAUUUCCAAGGUUUUAAAGCGCUGCAGUACCUUCGCCUGUCCAACAAUGAGCUGGCCGAUGCAGGUGUGCCUGGCAAUGCUUUCAACGUUUCAACACUCCUUGAGCUGGAUCUUUCUUUCAAUAACCUUGGAAGUAUCCCUGCUGUUAACGAAGGUCUUGAAAACUAUUACCUGCAUGUCAACAAAAUUCAAAGUGAGUUUACGAUGUGGCAUUUGUUACUUGCCGAUGAAGGUUCCUGUAUGAACAUUCAUGUGACAUAUAUAUAGCAGAAAACUAUUACAGUAUAUAGUCAUACAUUUUUCUGGACUAAUGAUACAUAUUAAAAAGACACGCUUUUUUAGAAUCUCCUCUCAAGUAUUGCUCUUACAAUGCUAAUAUUGUUUCUGACUUGAGGAAGAAAUCUCAAAUGCUUGUUUGUAAAUAAGAAAGUAUCUCUGCAUACUGAAAUACCCCUAUUGAUACUCAUAUUUACCUGACAAUUUAAUUACUGGAUUGACAUGACUAUUCCAAUCCUCAUACACACAUACACUCACACACUCUUAUACCUAACUGGAGAAAAAAAAGUAGUCUUUGGUAACAUAUUGUGAAAUGUAGAACUUGCAAUUUUACUACUAAUUCUUCUGUCUAGUUCUAUAUUUACACUUUCAACUCAGCAAACUGCCCCAUGAGUAGAGUGUUGGGUAAGGAUAUUUAAAAUGCAUUUUUUGCAAAGAUCACUGUGAUAUAUGUAACUUGUAAGGUCAGCAAUGCAGCAUUUUAUAGUUUGUUAUAGAUAGCAGACUUGUACAUGUGACUUGGUCCAAAAUGUGAUUCGGCUGAAUUUGAGCUGAUUGACCAUUUAGCUGAAUUCCACUUCUCCAAAGUUCCAUAUGGACGUAUACCCGAGCAACCAACUAGUGCGAUGGCUUAACAUUCGGUAUUUGGAGUUCUGCCCAUAGCACCAAAGAACUUUAUGAAUGACAUUGAUUUUAAUCACAGAUCAAGUGAGAUUAAAAACAUGAGGAGCAGAAAUUUUUUUUUAACCCUUUUGGUUUGUCUCAAUGUUUCCCAGAAUAAUUUUUCAUGGACAACAUUUGGCCGAGCCAAUCCGUCACAAGAAGAAGCAUUGGACAUAGCAUGGGAACUUGGCAGUAUAUAAUGAAAAUAUUGUUGGAACAGGUUUGGAGCAGCAUUACUCUAAGGCCAGUUAAAUCUAGAGCAGAAAGUCAUGAUCCCCAGUUAUGGACCCAUGAUGCAGGAUUGUGAUGGCACACAUGGUGCUUUGCAUCGUAAGGCAUGUAAAAUGCAUAGGACAAGCACUACAGAUGUUUGUCAUCUUAGUUGCAUAGAUUAGCUUCCAUUUUCUACAGGACGGACACUUUUUGUUCCCUACUUUACAGUCAAAGAGAGAAUAAUUAACUAUGUUGCAUUCAAAUUUAUAAUAAUAUACAAUAUUUAAAUAUACAUAUUUUAUCUAUAAAUAUUUGAUCUAUUUAAAAAAAUUUAAGGUUCAAUAAAAUAACUGUAAAAAUGUAUGGAAAGUCUAUAUUUUAAAGAGACUUCACGACAAUCUGUUAAUUUCCUGAGUUUGCUCAUAGGAUGUCUCCAGUAAUAUCACAAAAAUCAGUUCAGGUAAAGAUACAGAAUUGACUAUCAGCACAUCAGAUGAAUCUCUGAAAUUCAUACAUAGCAUAUGUAAUACAACCUUUUACUUGCCAAACAUUCAUGGCACAGGACCUGAUGUGUAUCUCCAUUUGUCCUAACAUCACGGCCUCUACAGCUAACAUCCUACUUUUAAAUGUUUUCUCAUGAAAAGACAAAUGCAUUUCAAUUUGGAAACAUACUUUGGUUGGUGCUUUAUUAAAUAAGUACUAUUUUCAUUUUUUACCUUCUUUAAAGCUAGGUCUGUUGUUAGUUAGUAUGAAACCAUAAAGUUUGACAUUUGUGAAACUAUAUAACUGAAGGUGAAAUUCCAUCUUUUAAAGCUUUGAGGCUGCAAGAGAAUUGUGGGGGUUUUAUUUCUGAAAUAGCCGUGGAUCUGCCUUUUGGCCACCCCAAUUUAAAGCUUGCUUAAGGGUUGAAACACCUGCAACAUCUGCUGAAUGAUAGCCAUGAAUGAACAGUCCUUUUCUAUAUUUAAAUUUUGCAUCAGUCUUUGUUGUGUUUUUUACUUUUUAAACGGCAAAGAGUAUAUGAGUGUAAGUUAAAUUAUUUUUAUUCUCUCUAUCACCUCAUAUAAAUGUAAUUACAGUUGUAAUCAAAAUUAUUCAACACCCAUUAAAAAUCAGGUUUGUUGUCGAAAUAUACAGACUUUCAGCUGUUUGUAUUGAACAAAUUAAACAAAAGCAAUUGAAAUAGCUCAACUCAAUGAAUGGGUGUCCCCACAUUCAACUGAAAAUGCAACUUGUAAUGACUUAUCCAGUCUCAAAAUGAUUCAAUCACUUCAUGGCAAGCUUUUUUAGUACUUGGUAAAGCACCCUUUUGCUCUCAUGACCUGUUGCAAAUGAGUUGCAUAGGCAGCGUUCCGGAGGAAUCUUAGCCCAUUGCUCAUGAGCAAUGGCCUCCAGUCCAGUAAUAUUCUUGGGUUUUUGUGCUGCAACUGCCUUCUUCAGAUCCCACCAGACAUUUUCCAUGGAGUUCUGGUUAGUUGACUGUAAUGGCCACUGCAUAAGUUUCCAGGACUUCUUCUGCCACCAAAGUGAGGUAUGCUUGGUAUCAUUGUCUUGGUGGAAGAUACAAUGACACCCAGGCUUCAGCUUUCUCACAGAUAGCAUGACAUUUUGUCCUAGGAUUUCUUGAUACUUCAAUGAGUCCAUCUUGCCUUCCCCACGCUGCAGGUUUCCAAUGCCAGAGGAUGCAAAGCAGCUCCAGAGCAUCACCGAGCCACCACCAUGCUAAACUGUAGGCAGAGUGUUCUUUUCAGCAUAUGUUUCAUUCUUCUUCUUCCAGACAUACAGCUGAUCCAUUGGGCUAAAAAGUCACAGUUUUUGUUCCAUUGCUCCACAGAACAGAAUCCCAAAACUUUUGUGGAUUAUUUAUAUUAUUUUGAGCAAAUUGGAAGCAACAUUUUGUGUGCUUUUUGGUCAGUAGUAGUGCAUGAGUUCUGGCAUAGAAACCUUCCGUGUUUAGUAUGCGCCUUACUGUGCUCACUAAAACUUCAGUGCCGGUUGCCACCAAGUCUUGUUAUGGGUCUUUUGCAGUCACUUGAGGGUUUUUCACAAUCUGCCAUUGAUAGCUUCCAUUUUCUGCCCCAUCAAGGAAGUGUAACUACUGUUUCUUCAACUUUGAACUUGCAACCUAUGCUUUCAACUGUGUCUCUAUGAACAUUCAGUGACUUCACUAUUUUUUUGUAGCCUGUUCCUUGUUUGUGAAGGGCGAUUAUCUCUUCUCUUAACUUUGUGGACCAUUGUUUUGACUUAGCCAUAUUUCUAACAUGCAGUCAGCAGUGACACUAGCCAGUUCAUGUAUUUUCAGUGUUCCAGCUCAAAACCUAGUACAACUAAUUGGUUGUUUUGAGGCUGGAAGUGCACCCAUAAGAACCACAAAAGGCAUAGCUACUGUUGAGGGGAACCAAGAGCUAAUUAUUAGAACAACUUGUAUCGUACUUAGCUGAUCCCCCUUCCCUGGGGCACUUUUUUUUCACAAGCAAGGGAAGGUUGCAGGAUUUUUACUUGCUUUUUCAAAUUUUUGUUGAGAUCGCAGUGAGAGUUUUGCUUACAAUAUCAUUUGAUCCUUGAGAUUCCUGAUUCAAUGGAUCUUUUUAGAAAAGCAUGUGGUUUAAAGUAAAAAAAAUAUAUCAAUGACUCAGUUUUAGAAAUAGAUGUUAAGAAGGACACAAACUAGUAGAGUACAAGUAGUCGGAGUGAAAUAAGAGGGGCUCAGAAACUGAUAUAGACAUGGUUUUAAUCCUUCCAAUCUGUCUUUAGAUAUCAUAAGCAAAAGCACACAAAUCUUUGCCAUACAGAGAUUUUAAAAAUUAUUCCCGAUAAAGUUUAGUAAUUAUUUUUCCCAAAACAACGAUUGUAGAAAAAGAAAAAUUAUUCUUUUUAUGAAAAAAAAAGUAAAAACUUAAUGAAUUUUAAUAGCAAUUGUAACAGGAAAAAUAUAUUUCUUAAAAUGUUAAUUACAAUUAAUAAAAAAAGGUUAACAUUUUGCGUGCCCUAUCGAGAGCCACAUAAAAACUUUGUGUAUAAUUCUUGUUUUCCGUGGAGUCCCUAGCAUAAUACCAAUUAAUUUUAUAAUUUUACCUCUAACAAAUGGAUAAUAUAUACACCAAGAAAGGGUAUCACUUUAACAAAACUGUUAUUACAGGAAACAUAAAAGAAUACUUUUAUUGCAUUCAUGGUAAGAGUUAAAAUGUAGUUGUUUUCCAUUGAAAAUCUAAAAACUUUUUUAUUUUAUUGUGUUUUCUAUAUAGCUUUUGCAUUCUCAAUGACAAAAUUGUACCUUUCUUACAAUAUAUUUUUUUUCCUUUAGGCAUAUAUUUUAUCCUUUAAAUGAUUAGCUUAAGGUUAAGUAUUAAGUUUUAUUCUAUACAUUAACCAACAUUUUUUCUAUGUGUUUUUCAGAGUUUACCCUGAACAGCUUUUGUAAGGUUAUUGGACCACUGGAGUAUUCUCGCAUCAGACACCUGCGUUUGGAUGGAAAUAACAUCACUAGGGCUGAUCUUCCUCAGGAUCUGCACAACUGCCUUCGUGUAGCAAAUGAUAUAGAGUUAUAAGUGGUUAUACUGUUUAAAAAGUGGUCCCCAAGCUGAUGGUUUUGUCUUUCUUUCAGGUUACAGAAACAUAAACUAAAAUAUAUAUUAAAAAAAUAAUAGCAUACAGAAAACCUAAUUUGGAAGUCUAUUUAUUAAAACAAAUUCAUUGCUCAUUUAAAAAAUACCAUCACCAAAUUUUAGCAAGUAAAAGUAAAAUAUAGAUUUCUAGAAAUGAGUAAUACUUUUAGCAGUUCUUGCUGAGAGUCUGUGUGAUGUGUUUCUAGACCCAAAUCCCAAAACCCAAAGCAUUGGCUACCUUACAAAUUUGUCAACCAUUCUAGUGAAACUUCAUGAUAGGUCCAUGGAGGUAGAUUACCUACAUCUCUUAGAAUAUAUAUGUGGCCACAAUCCGACCAUGCAAAUAUCAGGAAGUAACUUUUACUCCAAUGCUGACCCUCUCCACUCUGUAAAGAAAGUAAUAUAACGCAUCUCAUCUGUGAAAUUAUUGGAUGACUGAGAAAUAUGUAUCAGAAUGUUGUGAUUAGAAAGGUAGUCCAAAAUUCUUACAAUUAAACCUGCAGGGUACUUUGCCCUGGUGAUUUUACAAUAUCAUAUCAAUUUUCUAAUCAUGACACUUUGAUUAUUAUCACCUUUAUCACCUUUUGUCUCAAACUAAUAAUUCAUUUAAAUCAGGUGAUUUGGUUUUUCUUCAAAGACCACAGCAAGUCCCUCAGGAAUUCUUAAAUCACAAAAUAAUUCAGGCAACAUGGGCUAUUCAUUGUAAACAGGCAGAUUUAUUGAUGCAGACUCAUUAACAAAAGCAACGUUUUGAUCAGAAAACCUUCAUCUGGCAUCCAAGUCCGAUGAACGUCUUCAAAUUGAUGCUCUGCUUGUUGUUAUUUCUCAAUAACGAAUAGGCCAUGUCGCUAAAGUUCUUUGAUGACUUAUUCACACGGAUAAUUAAGUCUUCUUUAAGUCAAGAUGAGACAGUAUGUUUUCAGUGUAGUUUUUGCUUUUAUUUUAUUUCAUUAAGAUAGAUUGAAAUAUAGCUAAAUACUGAAUUCAUAGUUCUUCCCAAUAAUUAAACAUUAGAAUUGGUAUCAUGUGUUAUAUCAUUUUAUAUUAAUUUGCCAUUGUUGCUAAACACAUAUAUCAUGUCCAGCUCCAAUUAACUAUAAUUGAUGAGUUUUGAAUCAAUAUGAGAGAAUGUUUAAUACAAUCUAUCAGUUUAAACUUGUAGCAGCUGGAAAUAGAACAUGUUAGGGUAUCAACAGGACCAUUGGCUAAGCAAUAAAAAGCCUUAUUUACAGUAGAAAUGAUUUUAAUUAAGGCCAAUUAAUCUCUGAUGUUUUUGUGUUGUAAUUUGAAAAAUGAAUCCUGAAUGAAAGCAGACUGGGCACCACUGACCUAAAAUAAUCAUUGUGUUUGUUAUGUAACAAUAUAUCCUUAUUUGGAUACAGGGGUGUGAUAACUAAGAAUUAUGUAUGUAAUUUAGCUUGACUAUGGUGGCUGAUGUAAAAUAGUUUUCCUCUAAAACAUCCUGUGGUUAUUUUGAGCAAUAGCAAAAUCAAGGUCAAAAACAUGAAAUAUUAAAAAAAAAAGUAAUUUUUUUAUAUACUAUUAGUAGUUUUGACAAUUUAGAAAUAAUAUACUGAUACAAAUCAUUUAUUCAGUUUAUUAAUGUCGUGUGUGAGCAUUCAAGAGAAGAGCAAAAUUCAAAAUAAUCAAAUUUUAUGUUAUUUUGUCACCAAGACAAAGUUUAUAUAUUUUCUUGUUGUGGUUGUAAAAUACUUUAGGCAUGGUCCCAGAACUAUGGAUUAUGGUAAAGAUCUGGCAAACGUUUAGUGUUAUCAACUAAUGGAUCUAUUUUCUAAAUGGUGAAGUGUGGUUAAUUGAAUUUCCAAUUACUAUAAUAAGCCAAAACAAUGAAUUUGGGGAUAUAACAAUCUAAACAACUCUUUCCAACUAUCUUGACAUUGUAAAUUCAGUUUUAAAUCAACACUAUCCACUAAAUAAGUUAACACUGAUAACAAAAUUCGAACAAAAAAAUAAUAACAAUUUUUUAUGUUUAUUGUAAAGAGCCUUUUAUUUAAAAAAAGGAAUUGCAAGAUAGCAAAAUAGACAAAUGCAUUAAUUUAAAAAAAAAAGUAUACUUUUCAAUGUUAGAAAUUGGUCUGGUACCUCUGAAAUAAAAGAAAAAUAAUAAAAGUAACGCUUAUGAUGUAAAAACUAACAGGUUUGUCUAGUAUACUCUAAAGAGCCUUUUUGCAAUAUAUUAUGGACUUUGGGGCUUGUUGAUUAAACCCCUUUUUGGCCUUUAAAUUACCAGAAUAUUCUCCAUUUGUUUUCUUUUCACGAAAGCCAUAUAUUUUCUGUUUUUCUUUAGUUAUUUGCAUGCUUUAAGAUCAUAAUAAACAAUUUGCAUGGUUAUGCUUCUGUCAAUACCAUUCAAAUCUUUACAACAUUUUUAUUUUUUGUUAAAUUUGUUAACACAUACUUCACACUAUUUAUUAUGCAUGCGUUUACUUUUGUCCUUUUUUUUACAUACCAUUUUCAUUCAUUAUUAAAAAAAAUGGGUUUAUAGCAUAUUUAAAGAACAAUAGUUCAGUUUAACAAGCGUUAUUUUCUGUCACAGAUUAUCUCUCAGAUUUUUAAAACAAUUAAUUUAAAUGCAAUUUAUAUUGAUCUCGCUUAGAAUUUUAAAAAUAAGUGCUAAUAAGGCACAAGAAUAACACAUAUGGGUAGAUAUCAAGAUAGAUAGAAAGAAGGAAAGAAAGAAAGAUAGAUUUUUUUUAACUUAAUUCCUAAUUACUAAAUAUAUUGCCUUUUGUUCUCAAGCAGCUUUUAACUCACCAGAGACUUUCCAGAGGGAAACAGUGCCAUUUUCACAUCCGACUGACCCCACCUGUUAGUGAAAUUCACAACCAAAAUACCAGGCUUGUCUCCUCUGCAUAGGAGAUACUUGAGAUACUCCCAAUUAUUUUUUAAUUCUUCUUUAAGAAUUCAUCAGUGGCUUAUGCCAUUCUAUUUCUAAAAAGAAAAAAAAGGAAAACAAAGCGAGUAAAUAAUGCAAACAAGUUGUAAUAAAACAAUCUCAAGUACAUAAAAAAGAAGAAGAAAAAGAAAAGAAUAGUGCAGAUUGAUAUAUUGACAGAGUAUCUAUAAAGUCAGGUCACUCACAUAUUGCGGUUCCUAUAUAUAUUGACUCCUUAAGUAGAACUUGUAUGCUCUUAGGGCAGCAUCACAUCACUUCUUCACUUUGAUGUUCCCUCCAGCAAAGACAAAAAAUAAGAGAGGCAUCCAAUGUGUUGCUUAAAAUACCAUUAAAACAUGGAAUAAGUAUUAAGCUCACCUUAUACAGAGCCUUUUAUCCUGACUCUGAAGGUAACAGGUGUAGUGCCAAUAUUGAGGGGAUGGUACCUCCCCAAUGAAGAUUCCUGAGGCUUCAGAGGACUUUUAAAAGUACUACUAAAUUUAUUUUACAAAAAAAGAUAAACCAUAAAAUAAGUAAAUACAAUACAAACUUGUACAAAAAAAUAAGUUCACAAUCAGCAAAAAUGUGUUUCCCUCCUUUCUGAGCUUCUUCAGUCAACUGUCUAGACACAGUUUGGAUGAUUUUGGACUUCUCUUUUUUUUGUACAAGUGUGUAGAGUAUAGAAUAAUAAGUGGGAUAUUUACAGACUCCCACAAGAUAUUGGGAGACCUGAUUGUAAUACUAAGAGGUUAUGAAUGGGGUUCUUAAGUGGUUAAAUAAACAAUUACACUACAAAACAUGUCAGAAACUGCUGGCAACAUGAUUGCAAAAAGUGUUAUGAGGAGAAAUUCCCCAUGUAAAAUAACCUGGGGCACAUUCUUUGGGGUGAUUUUAAAUGAUAGGUGGUUAAGUCACCUAUGAAUUAAAUUGGGUCUCAUUGUACACAUAUAAAGAUAGUGCGUAAGGGGUGCCUCUGAGUGAAAAAUGCAGGAAAAUAUUGACAAAAUCUUUUGCAGAAGAUGGUGGUAAAAAUGCAUCAGUAUAUUUGUCCAAAUACCACAUGCAGACAAUCGGGAGUUGUCUAACAUUUGAAAAUGUAUAUGUAUAUGUAUAUUAAAAUAUAUACUUGUGUGGUUUGGUUUUCAUUUUAUGAACGCUAAUAAAAUUGCAAGUGUUUAAAACAAAAUUUGAAAAGCUUUAGGUUUGAAACAGUGAUGUGCUCCUAUUAAUAUGUGAUCUGUAACUGUAAAAAAAAAUUAAGAAAAUACAAGACACUAGAGUUAUUCCCAAAAGCUAGACAUACAAACUCAUAUAUUUUAGGAUAUUGUGAUACAAAUAAUGACAUUCUUCUUUUGGCUUGAUAUCUCCUACAAUCCUGGUAAUUUCAGGGAGUUAAGAUCUUUAAGAAACUGUAAAAUUGAUUUGGACUGACUCCCUGUAUGUGUAUUUGCGUGUCUCUGCAUGUUUGUGUUGGCAUCAUGCAUAAUAACUGUCAUAUCAGGAGGCAUGUAUAUUAACCACCGGAGUAUUGGUAAAAAUACAUAAACGGCAAUAUCAAUAGGUGAAUAGUGAGCUUAACAUUUCUUGCAUGUAAAAGAUCCUGAGAGCAAGGAAGUAAUAAAUCCGACUGUAAGGCUGACAAUCCUUUUCACAUGAGUUUCUUCUGAAUUAGAUAUGCUCACAAUCUGAAAGAGGUGAGUGAAUACCUACAUACUUUGUGGCCCCUGAAUGUGAACUCCUAAACUAUUCUGAAGAUGUCACCGGCAGCCUGCCUUCCAUGUCAUCAUGACCAUGACUUGACAGAUGCCGCUACAAAAGUAACUUAAAUAUUUUCAAUGUUCAUCCUCUCCUUUACGUUAAAGUAUAUUUUACACAAAUCUCUACAUAAUAUUUUCC